AAAUCAAAAGCGAAAGAGAAGAGAGUGCUUCUUGGAAAUGGAUAUUGUGUGCCGAUUUUAUCGUUUUAUGUUGUGAUAUAAAGUUUUGCCGUAUUUAUUUGAUCACUGUUAUUGAUAUUUAAUUAUGAGCACGUAAAUAAUCACCAAAAAACGAUAUGGUUGUGUCACCGCAAAGCCCUGUUGAUGAAACCCAAAGUGUACGCGCUGCUAAAAUCAAUAUGGCGUCAAAACAAAGUUCUGUGUCUGUUGCUGACACAAGAGCAGAACUUGCUGAUUUAGUAAAGAGAAAGGCUGAAGUGGCUGAGACUCUGGCUAACUUGGAACGGCAAAUAUAUGCCUUUGAAGGAUCCUACCUAGAAGACACGCAACUGUAUGGGAACAUAAUCCGUGGCUGGGACCGAUACCUAACUACCAACAAGAGCACCAAUUCAAAAGCAGACAAGCGUAAUCGGAAAUUCAAAGAAGCUGAACGACUGUUUUCUAAAUCUUCCAUUACGUCUAUGGCAGCGGUCAGUGGACUUGUUGAUCCAGCGGAAGCAAAGAGUGAAAGGCAUAGUGAAACGGAGUCUCAAACUAAUGAGGAUUCAUCAGACACACAAAUCAGCUCCAACUUGAACAUUGGCAGUUUGAACCACACAACAAUUCAUGGUUCUACAGAAAGCAUUGCCUCAAAGCCUUCUGGCAAACAACAUACUAAUGGCAUAGAAAAGGUCAUCAGCCAUUCACAAACUAAACAAAAUGCUACCCAGAAAAUAGCUGCCUCUUCUGGGAUGCUGCAAAAAGCAUUUGGCAGUGACAGCAAAAUGCUGUCUGCUGUCGGCCUGGACAGCAGACCUGGCACCCCAAAAGACAAAGAUUCAAGUAUGAACAUGUUGAACAAGGGCGACACAACACCAAACUCAUUAAAACAUAAACUAAAUAAUAGCAAUAGUAGCAGUAGUGUGAAGAAGAACAAUAACAAGAAAGCGAGACACAGAUAAAACAUUUUAGAUGAGUUUUAAAAUGCAAUAAUAUUACAAUGUACAACUACAACUCUAUGAAUGAUGUGCCUAAGGACAAUC